UCAAGUUUGCCCUAAAUGAAGUUUAUGCAUGGAUAUAAAGAGAAUAUAUAAAUUUUUGUAAUCAUGUGUCUUCUAUAACUUCCUUCAACGUGUGUUAGUUAUAUUUAACAGCCAGAGAAAGUAAUUAGUUUUAGUUGAAAAUAACUGAACAAACAAUGAGUGACAGUGACUCUGACAGUGAAUUGCUGGCUAGUCUCCUGUCAUCAGCAGCAGAGGAAGAUAGCAAGCCAGUAAAACCUAGUACUGUUACUGUUUCGGAGCAAUCAAAACUUGAUUCAGAACCAGAUUCCGAUGACGAGUUGCUGGCUACCCUCUUGGGAACAGACGACGACAAUGGUGUUGCCAAAGCAUCGCAAAAAUCGACAGAUACAGACGCCUCGACACUCUCAAAAACAAAUUUUCUGAGAGAGUAUAAUUUCCUUGAUGACACAUCUGAUGAUGUUACAGAGCUGGCAAACAAAACGCAGACUCCUAAGAAGCAGAAAAAAUCCACACUCGCUAAUGACAAUGCAGACUCAUCCGAUGAGGAAGACUCAAAGUACUUUGAACAGCAGCGUUACUCCGAAUACGGUAAGGACAUAAAACGCUUGAUAAAGACUAAGGAAUCUGAAAAAGAAGGCCUUAGUUCGAGUUUUACGAAAGAAAACAGCUACAGCAGCCCAGCUGCUAAAACAUACAAUCCACCCUUGAGUAACAGUUUCAAGACAAAAGCCAGCAGUAGUUCUCUAUCCAACAGUUUCAGUGGUUUAUCUGAAAAAAGCGACAAGUACAGUUUGCAGGCUGAAGCUUCUACCCCGGUUACGAAAGACGUGUACAGCGAUCCGAUAUUUGGCUUAAGAAUCGUAAAACCCCUAGUUUCGUCGGCAGACCUAGUUGAGAAGAUGCAAGGACGAAAGCCCGUUACAGUCUCAGCGGUGAAGCAACACCUGUUGAAUGUAUCCUCAAUCAGAGUUCAAGAAGACUGGGUGAUUGGUGGCGUCAUAUUGAGCAAAAGCGCGACGAGAACGUCCGUAAAGGGCAGCCAAUACUGCAUUUGGAAGAUAUCCGACCUUUCGACGGAAAUGAACACCGUCUCGGUGUUCAUGUUCAGUGGUGCAUACAAGUAUCUCUGGAAAUUGCCAACCGGAACCGCCGUCAUCAUACUCAAUCCAACCAUCCUGGAGAACAAAGAUGGCAAGGAUUUGGCCACACUAUCCGUCGACAACGAGCGCAAGGUCAUGGUUUUGGGCUCAUCCAAAGACUUGAGCAAGUGCAGGUCGAUGAAGAAAAACGGCGAGCCCUGCACGGCUCCUGUGAACCUGCGAUUCGGCGAGUACUGCGUCUACCACGUCAAGCAGGAGUAUGGCAAGUUCAGUAAGAGAACCGAUAUCCAGUCUCAUGGACUGGGAAGGACGAUCGGCCAGCUAGGUUCUUUGGGACAGGCAAAAAAGCCGCCUACUAGCUUAUACCAGCAACGACAUCCAGAGGCUCAACCUUUCGUGGCAGUGCUGGCAAAGAGGAACGAGGUCCAAGUUAAGAAAGAUCGCGAGCGCUUGGCCAUGCUUAGAGGCGACGCCAAAGCGCUGGAGCAGUGCAGAACACAAGCAAAAAUGGAAUCCAUGGCAAACAAAAGACAGGUAAAAUCGAUCAGCGUUGAAUUAACUGCUCAUCAAACAAAAAAAGAUCUAGAAAAAUUGAAUAAACUGCGUGGCUGGGGUUCCGAAUAUCUUUCUCCGGGGUCGCAGCUAGAGAAAAAGAGUACAGAGGCCAAAAUGAUGCUGUCGACCCCAAAAUUGGGCAACGGAGCAAAGGGAGGCUUCAUCGACUUUUCCGAGUCGACCCCCAAGAGUUACAUACAUAGAGCCAAGCUCAACGCCCUCGAGUACGUAAGGAAGAACGGCAUGAUCCAAAAACUGGAUCCAAACCAGAGUCAGAAGAGCAAAGAAAUUCUUAGAGAAAGAGGAAUAAAGCGUAGAAGGGAAGAGGAAGCUGGCGAAGGAGAGACGAUGGCAGAGAAGGUGGCGAAGAAGGAACUGGCUGUGAAAAACAGGUUUCAGGAAAUGUUGGAGAAGAAGUCGGCGCACAUGGAUCUCGUCGAGAAACACGAGGAUGAGGAGACUGAACUGUACUUUAGAAAGCAGUUGGCCAAGGAACGUAUGGAGGAAAAGAUGCUGACGACUUUCAAGAUAGCGUGUAAGGCCGUGCAGUGCAAAAUUUGUAAGUACACUGCGUUUUCUGGCUCUGAUCUGUGCAAGAAGCUGCAACAUCCCCUUAAGGUCUUCGACGCUGUCAAGAGAUUCUUCAAGUGCGGCGAAUGCGGCAACAGGACGGUAAGCUUGGACCGAAUACCAAUGGAGACUUGCAAAAGGUGCUCCAGUUCAAAGUGGUUGAGAGCUGCGAUGAUGGACGACAAGAAGACCCAGCUUCCAGGUUCGAAGUUGAGUAUACGUGGUGCUGAGGAAAAAUACAUUGGAGCAACUGUUUCGGGAGAUAGUCUUGAUUUGCUGGUGCCGGAGAACGACUGAUUAAGCUGUUUGUAAAUUUUUUUUUCCCCCACGAUCGAAUGUUGAACACUCUUUCACGACGUCUAUUAACGUGAUUGUAACAUACUGCUGUGAUAGUAUGAUAAUGUAUAAUUGUUUCCAAUAAUUAUUUAAAUAUUCAAUAGAAAAAAAAAGUUAUAUCAUUUCUCUAUAAAAUGUUUCGUAUGAAUCACUAUGAAAUGUAAUUGAUUUUUCGAAGAAACUUAAGCGCAGAAUUUACAAAAACGUUCAAUUUUUAUUCAACAAUGAAACAUUUUGAUGUAUUGUAGUAAAAUAAAACAAAUUUAACAAGUA